UAGUAGUGAGGUUCCCUACUGCCAAAUGAGCAGCAGAGCCAAUCAGCAGUCCGCGUUUGACAGGUCCCUUGACGUUGCCAUGGUCACGGGGUCACUGACGGCCUUGGUAGUCUGACAGGUGCGUGACAGUUGAAGUCUACAAUAUGUACGCGAAGGGGAAAGGUUCAGCGGUACCUUCAGAUGCUCAAGCACGUGAAAAGUUAGCGUUAUACGUGUACGAAUAUUUAUUACACGUAGGAGCUCAAAAAGCUGCACAGACCUUCCUGUCAGAGAUAAGAUGGGAGAAGAAUAUAACAUUAGGGGAACCUCCGGGGUUUCUGCAUUCAUGGUGGUGUGUCUUUUGGGAUUUGUAUUGUGCAGCGCCUGAGAGGAGGGACACGUGUGAGCAUUCAAGCGAGGCGAAAGCCUUCCACGAUUACGGUUUCGUCAAUUCCGGCUAUGGUGUGAACGGAAUCGCACACAAUGCCGGCCCGGCGCCCAGUCCGUUGGGCCAAAUGCCGCCAAACGAUGGCUUGCCCGGCGGCCCCAUGCCCCCAGGAUUCUUUCCUAACUCGACCAUGAGGCCAUCACCGCCGACGCAUCCGUCUUCACAGCCGUCCCCUCACCCCCAGCCCCCACCCCCGCAUAGUCAAAUGAUGUCCAGCCAGCCAUUCAUGGGUCCCAGAUACCCUGCAGGGCCUCGGCCAGGAGUUCGGAUGCCACAAAUUGGCAAUGAAUUUAAUGGGCCCCCAGGACAGCCCAUGAUACCAAACAGCAUGGACCCCACAAGGCAAGGUGAAGGCGGAGAGUUUGUAGGUUGGCAAGGACCGCCAGGGAUGAGUCCAAUGAAUCCUCGUAUGAACCCACCAAGAGGGCCUGCCAUGGGCCCAAUGGGUCCAGGCUCUUAUGGACCAGGAAUGCGGGGACCACCACCUAAUAGCACCCUGGGACCUGGAGGCCCAGGCCCUGGUGGACCAGGUGGGCCUGGUGGACCAGGAAUGCCACCCAUGUCAAUGACUGGGCCAGGAGGCAGACCGCAGUGGCAACCAAACACCUCUACCCCCAUGAACUACUCUUCGUCAUCACCAGGCAAUUAUGGCGGACCACCAGGCUCUACUGGGCCACCUGGGCCAGGCACACCCAUCAUGCCCAGCCCACAAGGUUCUGUGGGUCCCUAUUCCCCUGCUAGUCACCGAAUGCCCACUCCCAGUCCUGUGACAAGACAAGACUCCUCAAAUUCUGGAGGUGAAAAUAUGUAUACAAUGAUGAAGUCUGUACCAGGAGGAAGCAUGCCAGGGGAUUUUCCAAUGGGUGGUGGGCCAGAAGGUGGACCCAUGGGACCUAUGGGGCCCAGCACCAUGGGUCCAGUGAUGAAUGGAGAUGGGCUUGAUGGAAUGAAGAACUCUCCAGCCAACGGUGGGCCUGGUACUCCACGGGAAGACAGCGGGAGUGGGAUGGGAGACUACAACUUAGGGGGCUUUGGGGGACCUGGGGAAAAUGACCAAACUGAAUCAGCCGCCAUUCUGAAAAUUAAGGAAAGCAUGCAGGAAGAAGCGAAGAGGUUUGAAAAAGACUCCGACCAUCCGGAUUAUUUCAUGCAAUAACACCCCGUCCCUGGCCCGUCCCCUUCCCCUCCUGGGCUCCUCUCCACUCGCAGGCAGUCCUUUCCUUCUCCAGUCCUGGGACCUGGAUACAGACAGAGAAUCAGAUUGUUGUAAAAUCAGAUUGCAGUCUGCACAUUUACUGCUAAAGGAAGUUUAAAUCUGGUGGCAGUGGCCAUAUAGGAAAAUGGAAUUUCUUGUCCUUUCUAAAGAAAUUUGAGAUAUUUUGUUUUGGGUUUGGUGUUACUUGUUGUUGAACAUGUUCCUAUUUUCUGUAAGGAGGUGAAGAGACUAGCAAUCUGAUUCCUUGAGGUAUUCUGCAAGUGUGAGUGAUAGACAACAGAAAAGUGAUUCAGUGACAGUGCAAUUUAAUUUGAUAUAUAUGAGCACGACACAAGCGGUAUGUAUCAUGUACAGACAGCAACAUACUUUGUUGUGAAUCAACACACCAACAAACCGAGGAGCUUACUUGCCUGUAUGAAGGAAUUACAAAGAUGUUCCCUGUAGCCAUAGAUCCACUCUGACCCCACCUUGUCCCUUCCCAGACUUAUAAAACUGAUGUAUCUCUCCCAUAGAGAACCCUAAUGCUAGGGCUCAGCAGAUUUACAUCAUUUUUUAUAUUAUUUAUAUUCAAACAAAAUAUCCCAUUUAAAAUUGACCUUUCUAUGACCUGAAGAAAAUGCCAUUCACUUUAAAUUUUAGGCUUAUUUACAUCUGUGUUCUGAAAACUGUUGUGUACAUUUUGUGCCACUUGUAUAUGUACCUUUUGGUGUAAUAUUGCCCCAUCUCCAUCAUUCAACCCCUUUGAUACCUACUGCAUUCAUUAUCUUAGUUUAGAAGGCUGGGAUAUGACCCCAGACUCUAUUGGAAGGGACAUAGUACCGUCUUGCUGCUGUGUCCAUUUCAAAUGACUUUUCUGGUUCUUGUCCAAUGCAGAGGCUCCACCUUUGACAACUUAUCAAGCAGCAUCCAGAUUUUAAGCAUUUAGUUGUAUUUGGGUUUGUUUGUUGGCUGCAGAUAAUGCUGAGUUCGGUAAUUAAAUCCGUCAAAUUUGGGUCGGAGCAUUUUGCGUACUUAAGGCACACAGCUGAAUUCCCAUGUCCAAGGACAAAUGGUUUGAAUCUCUGAGUAGAAGAUGCAUGGCAGCUUCCCAUGUUUAGAACCGGCAAAGUCUGGGGAGCACCCUGCCAUGUUGUUUAUAAAGUAAAGAUGGAAAUGUUUCCUCCAUGAGACAUGGUAUCUUAGCUAUAUUGCUGAUCGCAAACAGUCUCUUAAUUUAUAUUGUUUCUCAAACCUUUGGUAAUGGAAACCUUGCCAUCUUUAUGUUUUGACAACCACAUAUUGCCUGUUAUUUGGCACAAGUAUGAAACAACCUGAGAGUGUACAUACCCUUGGAUGUAAAUUGUUUGAGAGGUUCAUGUUGGGUCUGAAGUCACACACUGUAAAUAUACGUUUUUCCAUAGAACUGUGUACAGACUAGCCAGCCCCAUGCUUGACAGGAGGGCCGCAGUGUGAAAGACGUUAACAGCUUGGAUGAGACAGUAAUAAUAGUAUGUUGGAAUUACUAUACUGGUCUUGCCAUAUCGAAGCUCUAGCGUAUAAGUAGAAUCAUCUGAUACACAAUCAACAACUUUUACUCUGUUUUAUUUUCAU